AUGUCUAAACGAAGAUUCAUUGCGUCGUCAAGCGAAUACGAGCCUCCCAUGAGCAGCGACUUUGAACAUGAUCUUGAAGCGAGCCUCCGACUGCUAAGUCUGCUCGAAAACCCCUCGACGUCACCUCCCACCCACGAGCCACUGCAACCCCAGAAGACACAGAUCGAACUUGCUCGGAUGCUAAGCGCAAAAUCAAUCAUCUCGACUACAUCCUCGUUUGCGGCGGAACAAGCAAAAGCGAAUGAGGAAGCCAGUCGUACCCGAACCUUUAGGAAAAUUGGAGCAGGUGCUUGUGGUGCAGUCUUUGCGGCCGAUGGAGAGUCACUGUCAUACAAGAUUGGGAAGACAGGCAUUUCAGACGAUGAUGCUGCAUUAUGGACAGAUUUCUACAUGCACGGAUGCAUUAUGACGGCACUUCGCAAGUUCAAGGCCGAUACCGAGAUCCCAAACGUGCAUAUCUACAUUGAUCACGACAACAAGGAAUGGUGGGAGAAGCACCAGGAACUCGAAAAGGCAGCAAGCAGUGUCUGCAAUCUUCCAGCAAGAGUACUUGUCACAGAGCGAAUCUUGCCACUACCAGCACCGAUCCGGGAGAAGCUCAUCGACCAAUUUUGCAAGGAAAACCUUCGUGCUAGUGCACUAGCCGAUACCGCCAACAAGGACUGCCUGGUAAGAAUCUAUUUAGGGUCCAUGAAAGGGAGAGCUACGUCCUUUUUCUCCUUGCGAAAUUUCAAGCUUCAUCUGAAUCAGAUGAUUGACAUCGGCCUUGACUUUGAGAUGCUUGCUGUGUCGAUAGGACAAACCUUGGCCAUCAUUCAUUGGGAAGCCAAAGCCGAUGCCCGGGACGUCGAAUUCGUCCUUGGUAGCUCUGCCACGGUCAUAGAUGGGAAACAGACCCAAGACAUCCAAGAAGACGACAGCAUCGGGAAAAUCAAUAAGCCAGCAGAGAACUUCGUGCGCAGAGAGACUCGCCUAUUUGUCCUAGACUUUAACCAAGUGCGUAGGAUAACCAUGGAUGAUGACGGAGUUGCCUGUGCCGUCGAGGCGUUUUUCCUCAACGAUCCGUACUAUCCCCGUCCCUGCGAAAGGUCGAAGGUCCAAGAAGAGCUUUGGAAUUCCUUUGUGAGAAGUUAUCUAGAUACGGCAGAUAUCAUCUUGAGGGACCAGAAAGAAAACCGAGUACUCCCUCGAAGGUUUAUUUCCGGUGUUAUUGAGCAUAUUGUUGGGAAGAAGAGGAUGGUAUUAGCAGCUGAGUAA